GAAACGUUCUCACCGACUUUGGCUUAUUCUACUCCUAGAUCCCCUGCCACUAAAUUGGGGUCCGCAUACUCCCUAUACCCCUUCUUUCCUGCGCAGGCUUUAUUGUGGGCAGCCAAAGGGAAGAGUUAUUUCAGAGUUCGUAGGGUCGGCCGUUGGCUUGAUGCCCACCCUUACGAAGACAUGCACGAGCCUGUUGGAAUUGAGAGUGUGACUCUAGCGACGGGCAAUGAACUUACCCAGAUUAAAAGUUGUUUAUUGGCUAUGCUAGGGAAAUGCACUUCGUUGACAUCACCGGUGAUUAGAGCCAGUCCAGGCCACUUAGUGUUGGGCAUUUCGUCCCCUCAAAGAACCACCCUUACGCCUCCCCUUCAAGGAUCCAUGGAAAUUACAAAAAUUGUCCAUUGGAUAAACAAUUCUCCCAAUAGGAUGGACUUGGUUCCCUGUCUAUCCGACGCCCCUCGCCGUUCCCGUCCUCAAGAAGGCUGUACAACUUGUUCACUUCUCUAUGUUGCGGUCGGAAAAAGGGGGAAAAUUUCGCAUGAAACGCUAAGGCCACCCACAAGAAAAGUC